GAGAUUGAGACAUGGGUUCGAGCAUUGGAGCAUUACGAUUAUAACGAAUACGAUGCUGCUCUCAGAGCUUUCAUGACGGUGGCAGAUACGUCAAAGAUACUCUUCAACUGCGCCGUGAUUCAUGCAACAUUAGGAGAGCAUACUCAAGCUGUUCAAUGCUAUCAGAGAGCAAUUCACUUUGAUCAGUAUAUGGCGAUAGCCUAUUUUCAACAAGGUGUUUCGAAUUUUCUUUUAGGCGAUUUCGAAGAGGCUCUUGCCAAUUUCAACGACACAUUGCUCUAUCUCCGUGGUAAUCGGUGGAUCGACUAUGAUCAAUUGGGUCUCAAAUUCAAGCUUCAUUCUUGCGAAGCCCUCUUCAACCGUGGCCUUUGCUACAUCUAUCUUCAGCAACGAAGUGCUGGUCUGCAAGACCUGUUUUAUGCAUCCAAGGAGAAGGCUGUACCAGAUCACGAUGUCAUUGAUGAAGCAAUACGUGAACAAGCUGAGCACAGNGGCUACACCGUCUUUUCGAUUCCAGUGGGCAUACUGUACAGACCAAAUGAGGCAAAAGUCAAGAACAUCAAGUCGAAGAAUUAUCUCGGGACAUCGACGCUUGUCCGCGCUCAAGAUCGUUCUAACCACGUCUACCUGGAUCAUCGCCGUAACUUGACUGCCUCUAGCUUUGCUGUCGAUGAUCGCCCCGAGGAGAAGCUCUCAUACGCAGCUAUCAAUCUCGUAAGACCAGGACUGGCAAGUCGUUCACGCCAGCAGUCAGAGCCGCCCAUCCACAGGAAUAUGUUUCCGCCAACACCACCACCGGAAGCUGAUCGCACGACAUCGACGACAACGACAAACCCCAAGCGUAAAUCUUCCGAGAGCGCAGCAAGUGUACCAACAGGAUUGCAUCAGAGCCGUCCGUCAAUACCAAAACCCGCCAAGUUGGACCUAGGGCUUGCUGCCUUUGAGCACGCGUCCUCAUCAACGACGAGUCUUGUGGUAGAAAAGCGACGUCUAGGAACNAAAAGAUCUGCGUCGGAAAGGCCUAGAGCACGAGACGUACAACCUUCACGCUCGAGUCCACCGAGAGUGCGGGAACGUGAAAGACGCUCUGAUUCUCACCACGUCAAUGAUGACUCGCAUGUCUUGCGACCAGACGUAUAUACGCCAGAUACAGUAGCCUCCGCCGUACAACAAGCACUCUCCGAGCCCGAGAAACUGCAACCAGUGUCCUUCCACCACCAGCGAACCAGAUCAGGAGGACAAUCCUUGCGCGAAUAUCCUCGUUCCAUCGCCGAAGAAGAUGAAAGUCCUGAAGAAUCAAAAGCACGNAUACCCGUCAAAGAAGAUAUCUCUUUACAAGCCCUCCAAUCCACAAUCACAAACGCACUUCCCUACGAAAUCACUGCUGUUUCACAACCACCAACAAUUCUUCCUCCCACACUUCGCAAGAUCCGCGUCAAGGUGUUUGCAAGCGACACACGCUACGUCAUGAUCCAGCCAGACGUCUCCUACGACACAUUCACAGAACAAAUACGCAAGAAAUUCGGCUACGCAGCCAAAGAAAGCUUCAAAUUGAAAAUGAAGNNGGAUGAAGAAGGGGAUAUGGUUACCAUGGGAGAUGAAGAUGAUUUGGAAAUGUUGGUUGCGACGAUAAAGGAACAGGCAGACAAGGAAGGAGCAGAGAUGGGUAAGAUGGAGGUUUGGGUGCAGGAGCUGUAA